UACUCUAACUUUUGUUCUUUCUUCUGUCAAAAGCUUCAGCGUCGUUCUUAGCUUUAGGGUUUUGCGACAGGAAUCUGUCGCCAUGGAUCUUUCAGAGCUCAAUUCACCUGAAAUGCAGAAAUUCUACUCCGAAGAACAGCAAAAGGCCGUGAUUACUGAAACAGUGGCUAAGGUUACAAGCGAAUGUUGGGACAAAUGCAUCACGGGUACACCUGGGAAUAAAUUCAGUUCCAGUGAAGCUUCUUGUCUUUCAAACUGCGCCCAGCGUUUUGUCGAGACGAACAUGCUUAUCUGGAAAAGGUUUCAGAGCAUGCAAUGAAUUAUCGAGGGCUUCAAUGUGCUUUCUCAGUCAAAUUAUCAGUGCCAGAAUCUUAAUAUUGUUUAGCAGUUAGCACUUUCUUGGAUUAAAAUUUUUGGACCCUCCUGGAAUACCUGAAACUCGGGUUUUUUGAAAAAAAAAAAGAGGAUAGAAUACAGAGUUCAAUGUUUUUGUUGGUUCACGAAAAGUACUUAUAGCAAGUGUUUUAAAUUGCCAUGCGGCACAUUCUCAUGAAUCAUGAUUGGUAGUUUAGCUCAACCCUGAGGAGGGACUUGAAUCAAGGUUUCUUUUUCUCGUUUGGCCAUGUGGGUUCUCCAUAAUAAUUAUGACGCAUUCCUUUGGCCAAUUUUGCUCUUAAUAUAGGAUCAUUGAAGACGGGUUUUUUGUUA